CCCACAUCUACUUCCCGGUAGUGAUGAUCAAUAUAGCCGACGUUUUUAACGACUCCACCAAUGGCCGAGCUCAAAUGUCCAACCGACGAAUUGAUGUAGAUAGAAACAUUUCCAUCAAUCCCGGAUAUUGAAUAUUUCACAGCAGGAAUCUCCCCUGACAGCUUUCAAAAGUAGGAUUAAGAAGAUGGUAGAUCCAUCAAUCAAGAUCCGGGAGGAUGACUUUGCCCGGGUUGCGCAUAUGAAAGAAAAACAGCCCAUGGCGAUGGAUGAUUCGAUAUAGAUACGUACCUCUGCAACCCAAAGGUAAUCCCAAGAGCGCACAGGCUGCACCUCUCUCCACAACAUGCAUCUUCUCACUCCGCUCUUCUCCCUCUUAACCCUCCCCUCCCUCCUCCAUGCGUUCCCCAACGUGCCCUUCAAAACCUCGACGCGAUGGAUCCACGACUCCACAGGCGCCAACUUCACGUACGUAGGCGUCAACUGGCCCGGCGCAGGCGAAGUCAUGAUUCCCGAAGGCCUGCAGUACGCCUCCAUUGAGUCGAUAGUCUCCAAGAUCAAGAGCUUGAAGAUGAAUGUAGUGAGGUUGACGUUUGCGAUUGAGAUGGUGGAUGACAUCAAGGAUAAUGGAGGGGAUGUAACGGUCCAGAGGGCGUUUGUGAAGGCGUUGGGAAGUGCGAACGGGGAGAAGGUGUGGCAGAGUGUAGUGAAGAACAAUCCGCAGUUCAAUGCUUCGACGACGCGGUUGCAGGUGUUUGAUGCUGUGGCUGCGGAGCUGUCGAAGCAGGGCAUCUAUGUGCAUCUGGACAAUCAUAUGUCAAAGGGGAAAUGGUGUUGUUCGACCAAUGAUGGCAACGCUUGGUUUGGAGAUACGGACUUCAACACUGAGAAAUGGCUCCGCGGAUUGCAGUUUAUGGCUGAUCAUGUGAUGACGCUUCUUCAGACCAGGAAAUGGACCAGCAUGGUCUCCAUCGGCCUCCGCAACGAGUUCCGCAAGCCCGACAAAGCCGGAAAGUCUCUUGCAUACAAUUGGAGCGUGUGGUACGAUCAGAACGUCGCUGCCGCAAACCUUGUCAACGCCGCAAAUCCCGAUAUACUCAUUUUCUUUUCAGGGUUGGAUUUCGACACCAAGCUCAACCCUAUCCCUGGAGCAGAGGAUCUGGGCAGCGGCAAGCGGUUCCAGAAAUCGAAUUUCAAGUACUCCGACAAGCUCGUCCUGGAGCUACACAACUACCAGAACUCAGCAACGGAUUGCAACAGUAUGAAGAGCGGACUGUGGAACAAUGGUUUCAAAGCCCUGGAUCCGUCGGCGAGGAAUCAGAUGCCAGUUGUUCUGACGGAAUUCGGCUUUUCCCAGACAGAUGACUCAUAUAACAAGGUGUAUGCUACAUGUUUACGGAGAAUAAUUCCAGAAUGGGAUGCUGGCUGGACUGUUUGGGUGCUUGCUGGGAGCUAUUACAUUCGGUCUGGGACUCAAGACUAUGAAGAAGCAUGGGGCUUGUUGAACCACAACUGGUCGGACUGGAGGAGGUCUCAAGCAAUCGCAGGAUUGAGACAGAUGGUUGAUGCGUCCUUGCGGUGA